AAAAUAUAUGAAUUUUGAUGGCAUUUUGUGUGGAAAAUGUAACAAAGAAAUUGAUAAUCAGUGUUAUUAUUGUACAGCUUGUUAUAAUAAAGAAACUGAUCUUAUUAAAAAAGGUCUUAUGAAAUUUGAAUCAAAUUUGGAAAUUUUUAAGAAAUCAGAUUAUAACUUAAAUUUGGAAGAAAGAAGAGCAAAGUACAUGAAUUAUGAUGGUAUAUUAUGUGAAAUAUGCUAUAACCAAAUUAGUAAGUGGAAUUACUAUUGUAUACAUUGUUACAAUAAAGAAACUGCUGAUGCUAUUAAAAAAGGUCAUGAAAUUUGGAUCAAAUUUUGAAAUUUUUAAUACAUU